UUUUGGGACAAAGCCGCUGGAAGAUGGAGAAUUGAUGAAGAAUUGGUGGAGGGGUGCAGGGUCCCAGGAGCCAAACAGCUGCAGAGCAGCAGAGAAACACCCAAAUAUAUUUAAAUGAGACCGCUGACAAGAGGGGAGGCGUCAUGGAACCUCAUGUGGGCUCGUUGGUGCCUCUGACCUGGGGGUAGAGCGUGACCGCAUCCGGCACCGCUGCGCUGCCGGACCCCGCGCUGCACCCAAAAUGCUGCUGAAACGGCCCUAAACCCUGCUGCCUGCACGGCCCCAGCUGCCCCAGAGCUGGGGAGAAGGGACGGUGUGGAGAGCUCUGACCCCCAGUGUCCAACCACCGCUUCCAAGUGCUGAGCCUGAUCCUCAGCUCGUGUGGAGCAGCGUGAGGCUCAACAGGACCAUUUUUGUGGGCUGCCACCAGGUCUUGCUGCCUCUCUGUGUCCCCCCCAGCACCUGGAGACGCCUCAGCAGGAGGAUGCUCAACAGCACUUGUGAGUGCUGGAUUCCUGCUGUCACAUCAGCUGUCACCUCUGUGCUCCACGCUCUCCUCUUGCUGGCCCUUUACAUCAUGCUCAGCAGGAAAAUUGCCCAACAUUCCCGUGGGAUGCAGGCGAGCAGCAGCCCUGGGGAGCAUCCCAGCCCUCAUCCCGCCCCAGCUCCGGCCCCGUCACCGGGAGGGGACAAGGCACAGCAGCCUGGGGCACAACAGCCAGGGGCACAAAACCCAGCACCGGCCUGCGCAGGGAGCAGUGACACAUCUUCGGAGACCUCGGAGGACUCGGACAGCUCUUCCUGCCCUCAGGGCCCUGGCUCAGAGGAAAACAUCAACUACACAUCCCUGGUGUUCGUGGGGAAAGGCCAGGAGCCGGGCUCUGCCCAGGACUACGAGAACAUGAAGACUGGGAUGGAUUAUGUCAACGUGGACCCAAAGAAGAGGAAAAUACUUUUCUGGCCCUUCUCCAGCCCCAGGGCAUCCAAGGGUGUGGAGUACACCGAGGUGAAGCUGUGACACCCGGGUGAAGCUGUCACACCGCGGUGCUGCUGCUCAGAGGUGCCCAGAGCCCCCGGCAGCUGCACAGCUGGGACCGUGCCCCUCCCCUGGGGCACUGCCUGGCACGGGCUGCACCACUUGUACCGCUCUGAGCCGCAGGCACAAUUUCCUUGGCGUUUUCCUUAAAGGCAGCACUGUUCCUGAGGGCUGCGGGGCGGUGCAGGAACCCUCAGAGGGUUCCUGAGCUCUCCACUUUUGUGCCAUGGCCCUUUUUCCCUCGUUUCAUGAAAGCAAAUGGAACAUCCCCCCCCAGCCUCUCAAAAUGGGCUGCAGUUCGGAGAGGGAGAUGCAGCGAUCCUCCAAAUACCCACUGAACUGGCUGGCAGCUCCUCUCGAUGUUGCUUUGCUCAUCAGCCUCAGAAAAUCCUUUUAAAUGCAGUUUUUCCACUGGCUUUUCCCUCACCACCCAGCAAGGAUGAUGUUCCCUGUCUCCCACCUUUUGCUUUUCCUGCUUUGUCCCUGCUCCAGGUGCUGGGGUCGGUCUCUCCCCCACCUGGGCAAUGUCCCUGCUCCUCACUCUGCAUUUUGUUAUUUCAGAUCUUUCAAGAAAUAAACUUCCAGAGUGCCUGGGAAUGGGAACUGUGCCCCAGUGGGAGUUCUGUGAGGGGGAUGGAGCUGCUGCCUCCCAGCAUAGCGCGCCGUCCUUAGGGCUGGAGCUGCCCCAAGUGCGUUUUAAAUGGGCUCAGCCACGCUGUGAUUUAAUGAAAUGUUGUGAGACAAUUGAUUUGGGAUCGAUCACGGCAGGGGGAGCCAGGCACUCCUGGUUUCAUGACCUUGGUGUGCAGAUCUGGCCCAACUCAAAGGGCAUGUGAAAGAAAAUGUUCCAAAACCCCCGACAAGUCCUGGGUAACAUUGGAAAUCCCAGGAGAGGUGUGACUGUGGAACUGGAGGUGAGGCCGAAACCAGUCAGUGGAAGCUUCUGAGAAAUCUCCUUCAAAUGCCUGGCG